CUCUAGAACAAUCCAUCUUCACUCCUAUUUAAAUAUCACACAAUCUCUCAUCGGUUAAAAGCCAAUCAACAAAGCAUCAGAACAAAGACGAAUCAAAGUUUACAACAAUGGAUUUCGGAAGGUUCCCGAUCAUCUCAAUCCUCGAAGACAUGCUCGAGGUCCCCGAAGAGCACAGCGAGAAGGGCCGCAGCAACCCGUCGAGAGCUUACGUGAGAGACCAGAAGGCGAUGGCGGCUACGCCAGCUGACGUCAUCGAGCAACCCGACGCGUACGCUUUCGUGGUGGACAUGCCUGGGAUCAAAGGAGACGAGAUCAAGGUCCAGGUCGAGAGCGACAACGUGCUCGUGGUGAGCGGAGAGAGGAAGAGGGAGAGCAAGGAGAACGAGGGAGUGAAGUAUGUGAGGAUGGAGAGGAGGAUGGGGAAGUUCAUGAGGAAGUUUCAGUUGCCUGAGAAUGCGGAUUUGGAGAAGAUAUCUGCUUCUUGUAAUGACGGUGUGUUGAAAGUGACUGUUGGGAAGCUUCCUCCUCCUGAGCCUAAGAAACCGAAGACUAUUCAGGUCCAAGUCGCUUGAGCUGCUAGUUUCUCUUUCGUUCUGUCGUGUGUUUGUUUAGUUUUCGGUUUGAAUGUAAUCGUGCAUGUGUUCUAAAGUAAAAUAAAAGGUGUUCUGUUUUAAAUUUU